AUCCGGUGCCCCAUGGUGCUGCUGCGGAAGCUGCCGGGCAUGCCGGGCUGGCCGGCGGCGCUGGGGCUGCGGCUGCCGCAGAAGUUCCUGUUCCUGCUCUUCCUCUCGGGCCUGCUCACGCUGUGCUUCGGGGCCCUCUUCCUCCUGCCCGAUUCCUCCCGCUUCAAGCGCCUCUUCCUGCCCCGCCGGGCCACCGCCUCCUCCUCCUCCUCCUCUCUCCGCACCGUCGCCCGCAUGGCCGGCCCGCCGGCCCACACCGCGCCGGGCUCCCGACAGCAGGUGCAGGGCGGCGAGCGGCGAGCCGAGCCCGCCACCGGGGCUCCCCCGGCCCGGGAGACGCGAGCUCCGCUCCGCUUCGACUACGAGCGGUUCCGCCGGAGCCUCCGCCACCCGGUGCGGGGCAGGCGGCCCGGCGAGGACCCCGAGACCCGCGCCCGCAGGAUGAAGAUUAAAGAGAUGAUGAAAUUCGCUUGGGAUAACUACAAACAAUAUGCACUUGGAAAAAAUGAACUGCGACCGUUGACUAAGAACGGCCACAUCGGUAACAUGUUUGGAGGCCUUCGAGGAGCUACGGUGGUAGACGCCUUAGAUACUCUGUACAUCAUGGAACUCGAGGAGGAAUUCCAAGAAGCAAAGAAGUGGGUGGAGAAAAGCUUUGACUUGAAUGUGAACGGAGAAGCAUCCUUGUUUGAGGUGAACAUCCGCUAUAUUGGAGGACUGUUGGCUGCAUACUACUUAACUGGAGAAGAGGUGUUCAAGAGUAAAGCUCUGGAACUUGGAGAGAAACUUUUGCCAGCUUUUAACACCCCCACUGGUAUCCCACGUGGCGUCAUAAAUCUGGGCAGUUGGAGUUGGGGUUGGGCAUCUGCCGGAAGCAGCAUCUUAGCAGAAUUUGGUACCUUGCACUUAGAAUUCCUGCACCUCUCGGAGCUCUCUGGCAACCCGGUGUUUGCAGAAAAGGUGAUGAACAUCCGCAAAGUCCUGAACAGAGUUGAGAAGCCGCAGGGCCUUUACCCCAACUUUCUCAGCCCGGUGACAGGGAACUGGGUGCAGCACCACGUCUCCAUUGGGGGGCUUGGGGACAGCUUUUAUGAAUAUCUCAUCAAAUCUUGGCUGAUGUCAGACAAGAAAGACUCUGAAGCUAAAAAGAUGUAUGAUGAUGCCCUAGAGGCAAUAGAAAAGCAUUUGGUCAAGAAGUCUGCUGGAGGAUUGACCUACAUUGCUGAAUGGAGGGGUGGCAUCUUGGAUCACAAAAUGGGUCACUUGGCUUGCUUCUCUGGGGGCAUGAUAGCACUUGGAGCUGAACAUGCUGGACAAGAGAGGAAGCAACAUUACAUGGAUCUUGCCGCAGAAAUAACAAACACAUGUCACGAGUCUUAUGCACGCUCAGAUACCAAACUUGGCCCUGAAGCCUUUCGCUUUGAUGCUGGAACUGAAGCCAUGGCAACCAGGCUUAGCGAGCGCUACUACAUCCUACGUCCAGAAGUUGUAGAAAGCUACAUGUAUAUGUGGCGGCUGACACACAAUCCCAAGUACAGACAGUGGGGCUGGGAGGUUGUGAAGGCCCUGGAAAAACAUUGUAGAGUAGAAGCUGGCUUUUCUGGCAUCCGAGAUGUUUACACCACAACCCCAACCCAUGACAACAUGCAACAGAGUUUUUUCCUCGCAGAGACUCUGAAGUACCUCUAUCUUCUGUUCUGUGAAGAUGACGUGCUGUCCCUGGACGACUGGGUGUUCAACACAGAGGCUCACCCCCUGCCAGUCAACCACACGAACUUUAAAGCAAGUGUGCAGUAGUGAGGCCAUUGCCCAGCACCAUGCUUCUGCAGCAUCGGCGGGUUACUGCAUUUCCUUUCCAUUAAAGGAAUUCGCAUUGUUCCUAAAAUGGUAUUUUGGGGCACUAGUCCAAUUCCGGACAGUAUUAUAUUGGGAAGAUGAAACCAUGACGUAAGCACCUUCUUUUCCUCUGUGAGGAGCUCUAUUAGCCUGAUAAUGAGAUGUUUAUUCUGGGCCAUAUUGUACACAGUUCAUAGACAUUCCUUUAUACAGAGAAUUUAUAUGAAAUCCACUGACUUUGCUUAAUAGUGGCCAAAGGACUGGAAGUUUGCCAUAAAAUAGACUUCACACACACACACAUCCUCCUUUCGUUUUUCUGUUUCAUUUUUGCCUUUUAUAUACUGUUGGAUUUAUCACCUUUCUAAUUAACAGUUUUCAAUAUACUGUGCUUUCUAGGUGGUAAGCUUUCUAGGCUCUUUAGGAAGUACAGGAUAGGAGAAUGAGGAAAGGGAGUUGCCCUUUAUGUGAGAGAGCAGCUGGAGUGCAUAGAGCUCUGCCUGGGGAUGGAUGAAGAGCUGACUGAGAGCUUAUGCGUUAGGAUUAAAGAGAGGACAGGUAAAGGUGACAUUACAGUGGGUGUCUUGUCUGCUGUAGGCCACCUGACCAGGAGGAACAACAGGAUCGGGCCCUCUACAGACAGAUAGGAGUAGCCUCAGGUUUGAAUUUGCAGGCCCUGGUCCUCAUGGGGGAUUCCAACCACCCCGAUAUCUGCUGGAGGGACAACACAGCAGGACAUGAGCAAUCCAGGAGGUUCCUUGAGUGGUUUGAUGAUAACUUCCUCCUCCAAGUGACAGAGGAGCCAACAAAGAGAGGUGCUCAUUGGGGAUGUGAAGAUCAAAGGCAGCUUUGGCCGCAGUGACCAUGAGAUGGUGGAGUUCAGGAUCCUGCAGGCAGGAAAGGUGAAAAGCAAGCUCACAACCCUGGACUUCAGGAGAGCAGACUUUGGCCUCUUCGAAGAUCUGCUUGGAAGAGUCCUGUGGGAUAAGACCCUGGAGGGAAGAGGGGCCUGAGAAAGCCAGUUAAUAUUCAAGAAUCAUGUCCUCCAAGCUCAAGAGAGUUCCAUUCCAGUGAGCAGGAAGUCAGGCAAAAAUGCCAGGAGGCCUGUGUGGAUGAACAGAGAACUCCUAGCCAAACUUGAACACAAAAAGGAAGCAUAUAGAGGGUGGAAGCAAGAAUGGGUAACCUGGGAGGACUACAGAAACAUUGUCUGAGCAUCCAGGGCUUACGUUAAGAAAGCUAAAGCCCAAAUGGAACUUAAUUCAGGCAGGAAUAUCAAAGACAACAAGAAGGGCUUCUAUAAGAACAUAGGUGACAAAAGGAAGACUGGGAAAAUGUGGGCCCACUGCUCAACAAGACAGGGGACCUGGUUACACAGAACAUGGAAAAGGUUGAAAUACCAAAUGUUGCCUUUGCCUCAGUCUUCACUAGCAAGACCAGCCUUCAGGAAUCCCAGGUUCCACAGACCAGGGGAAAGGCUGGAGCAAGGAAGAUGUACCCUUGGUGGAAGAGGAUCAGGUCAGGGAAUACUUAAGCAAACUGGACAUACAUAAGUCCAUGGGCCUUGAAGGGAUGCACCCACAAGUGCUGAGGGAGCUGGCAGAUAUCAUCGCAAGGCCACUGUCAAUAAUCUUUGAUCGAUCAUGGCAACUGGGAGAAGUGCCCGAAGACUGGAGUAAAGCAAAUGUCACUCCUAUCUUCAAGAAUGGCAAAAAGGAGGAGCCAAGGACUUACUUACAGGCUCGUCAGCCUCACCUCAAUCCCUGGGAAGGUGACGGAGCAGCUAAUCCUGGAAACAAUUUCCAGGCACGUG